AUGAAUGAUUCGUGUUAUUAUCACGAGCCUAAGGUUCAUGAUUAUGAAUUGUAUUAUCUACUGUCUAGUAUUAAUAUCUACCUUCUUUUACCUCUUUCACUCGUUGGCCUCUUUGCUAAUGGCUCAGCAUUAUUUUGCCUGUGUUCGCCCCCUAAAAUCGUUUCAGGUGUUCUUGUUUACCUUAAAGCUUUGCUUAUUCUCGAUCAUGUCUACAUUAUUGUUUCUUUGGCAAAUAGUAUGUUGCCUGAUUUUUGUGAUGGACAACAUUCUGUUGAGAAUACUUUUUAUGGUUUUUGCCUAUUUGAAGGGCGUUUUCUGCGCAAUAUUAUUCCAAGAAUGUAUCAAACUGUAGUUAUGCUACAUAUUUGGUAUCAAAUACAUAAUAGAGCCCAAAAAAUAAUUUUUGAAUUUAGGACGAUUGCAGCGUUGUCAGGUCACCGUUACUGGAAAAUUUCUCGCCCAGUAUCCGCUCGUUCAAACGACACAAUUUUUAGAGCAAGAGUCUUGUUAGCUAUUUUGUUUUUGGUAAUUAUUGCCUACAGGGUUCCAUCAUUCGUAGUUGAAUUGCAAUGGAAGUGGAAUCCUAUUGUACGAAUACAAAAAAGGCCUGAAAAGACGGAGGUAUCAAAGUAUUAA